CAGUUUGGCCACGGGUGGGUAUAAAAGAGGAUUGAACACAAACCUUAUUAUUAUAUCAUAAUAAUAAUUGAACUCAACUCAAAAAAGAAAAACCAGAACUACAAAAUUGCAAUGGCAAUGAGCAAACCAACAUCUUCAGUGGAGCAACUUUUCACCAAGUUCUGUAACAGUAUAAGCUUCCCAGAGAUCCAGCAGCUAUUCGAUGAGAUCUGUACCCAGCUAGGAGUGGACCCCAACCAGCAAGACGGGUUCUACCCUGCAAUAAAACAGUCGCUCAAACAUUGGAAGGCAACGUCGCUCUUCCAGUUGCUGGAUGAUCGAUCAUCUCUGCCGGAGUACGAGGGAGGGAGUGUGUGUGCUGGUAGGAGAGUGCUGGUGGUGGGGGCAGGUCCAGUGGGUCUCCGUGGAGCCAUUGAGUUAGCAAUGCUCGGGGCAAAGGUCGACCUCGUAGAGAAGAGGACAGAAUUCACUCGUAAUAACUGCCUCCAUCUUUGGCCGUUCUGCAUCACUGACUUGCGUAACCUUGGAGCGAAAGUCCUCUACUCAAGAUUUGCCUAUGGGACACUUGAGCACAUCAGUACAAAGUUUCUUCAGAGCAUAUUGCUCAAGAUCAGUCUUCUGUUGGGAGUUAAAGUGCACAGGGGAGUUUCCUUUGACGAAAUUGUGGAGCCGACUGAAACUGGUGCUGGCUGGAGAGUGACUACGACCCCUCAAAUAGCUUCUCUCUCUUCUUAUGACUUUGAUGCCAUUAUUGCUGCUGACGGGAACAAACGUACACUACCCGGAUUUCGAUCACGUGUUUUCCGGCCCAAACUCGCUCUCGGGAUCACUAUUAACUUUGUGAACAACAAUACGGCAAAGGAUAGUGCCGUGAAGGAACUGGGUGGUCUAUCAGUGAUGCAAUGUUCUGACACCUUCGCCACUCUUACAACAGAUCAUGGAAUUGAGCUGGAGAAUAUCAUCUACUUCAAAAAUGAGACUCACUAUUUUGUAAUGACUGCCAAGAAAGCAAGCCUUAUAAACAAAGGUGUCAUAAAGAAGGACAGUAAAGAUGUUCAAGAGCUGCUAAAAAGAAGCAAUGUCUGUAACGAAGCUCUGGCAGACUUUGCUGACGAGGCAGCCACCUCUUGCUCGGGUCUGCAAAACCCAGAGAUUGUGAGGAAUCAUCGAGGUGAAAAAGACGUUGCUCUGUUUGACUUCACAACCAUGCACGAGUCUGAGAAUGCCUCGAGAAUUGUUGAGAGGAGGGGAAAGAAAUUGCUUCUCUGUGUGGCUGGAGACACUCUCCUGCAGCCAUUCUGGCCAUCAGGGACAGGCUGUAAUAGAGGGUUUCUCGGUGUGUUCGAUGCAGCCUGGAUGUUCAGAGGGCUCUGUUCUGAAGGGGCCGACCCUAUUAAGCUACUGGAGGAAAGAGAGUCUAUUCUGACCAUUUUCCCACAGAUAUUCGCCCACACUCUACAGAAGGAUAUUGCUCACUAUAGCAUCAAUCCUAAGACACGUUACAGAGGACUGAAUCUCAUCAAACCUCGCAUGGAUGUGACCCAGCUCUAUGACAGUGACUCUCAUCCUGCAACUGCAUCUAUGCCAAUGGUGGGACGAGUUGGUUUUGAAGAGAUUGGUGUCUCUCAUGACAGCUCGGAUUCCGAAGAAGAAAGGUUAUCUACUGAGAAUUAAAAGGAAGCAUUGCUUAAAGAAACAGUGACGCAAGAUAUUUCAUUUUUAUAUUUAUAAUUAUGUGCCAUUUCAUUUUGAUGUUGAUAAAGAUCAUUAACUAC